GACCGCUAGUCUAAUUAUGGGCUAUUGACCACGAAACAAAAGUGAUAUGAAGGCAAUAAUUUGAUAGUGCGGACAUUGAAACAAAACUGCCUUAUGAGAGUUCAUUGACUCGAUGAAAAUUGUCAAUAGCAAUAUUAAAAUGUGCUCGGCCAGCUUGCUUGCAGAUCUGCGCAGGGGGUUCAUUCAUAAAACAUGCGCAGAACACUGCAUUGCUACAAAAUCAACUUCACUCUGUAAUCGUUCGGGAUAGAUAUCGGCUAUAUUUUCAUUAAUACCUAUUAAAAUUAUACUUAAUGCCGCUGCGUUAAUUCGUGAUAAACUUGUUUAUUGUAGUGAGCAAUAAAGGUGAAAAUGAUCAGAUGAUCUUCAUGAUUCAGAUAAACUUUGGUUUUUAGUGUGUGGACGGAUUCAUUAUUCACUGGAAUCGCAUUAUGGACAACGAACAACCCCAUCAAGAAUUGGUGAAAUGUGUGGUAGUUGGAGACACAGCAGUGGGCAAGACGCGGCUAAUAUGCGCGCGCGCAUGCAACAAGCACGUCUCCCUGUCGCAGCUGAUGACCACGCACGUGCCCACAGUGUGGGCGAUCGACCAGUAUCGGAUCUAUAAAGAUGUAUUGGAGCGAUCUUGGGAAGUGGUGGAUGGUGUCAACGUGUCCCUUCGACUCUGGGACACUUUUGGAGACCAUGAAAAGGACAGGAGAUUUGCUUAUGGAAGGUCCGAUGUUGUACUACUGUGUUUCUCAAUCACCAAUCCAAUAUCAUUGAGGAACUGUGGAGCGAUGUGGUAUCCAGAAAUAAGACGCUUCUGUCCAAACACACCAAUUUUACUCGUGGGAUGUAAAAACGAUCUUCGCUACAUGUACAGGGAUGAAACCUACUUGAACUAUUGUAAAGAUCGGAGCCCUUUCAUCAGGGCUCCAAGAAAAAGCGACUUAGUGAUGCCAGAUCAAGGCCGCGCCUUGGCUCACGAAUUCGGCAUAUACUACUACGAGACUUCAGUAUUCACUUACUACGGUGUUAACGAAGUUUUUGAGAACGCAAUCCGAGCAGCUUUGAUAGCGAGGAGACAACAGAGGUUCUGGAUGACAAAUCUUAAAAGAGUACAGAGACCACUUUUACAGGCUCCCUUCAGACCUCCCAGGCCCUUAGAGCCCGAAGUGGUUAUUGUGAACAGCGUAUUUUUGGAAAAUAUGACGACUUUAUUAAGACAACAGUAUUUCUCGGAUAUGGUUAUAAUCUGUGGCGCGAAGGGAUUCCCGGUGCAUCGUUUCGUAAUGGCGGCGGCUUGCGAGGCGUUUCACCGCCUGCUCACAACUGACUGUGUGAGCUUGUCCGCGGAACUUGCUAGAAGCUCUAGUGAGAGCAGUAUGGUAAGCAGUAUGGGAGAAGCAACGGCAGGUGAAUUUAACGAAGACACAGAAUAUUUAAUUCGACAAGAUCAAGCGAAGCAAAUGAGGGUUUGGGAUCAAAUCAAACGCCGAUCGUCCUGUCAGAUUCUACCGCUAAGCGACAGUUGUAAGAAACCGCCAGACUUGUACAGAGAAGUGAACCAUCCUGCCAUUAUAUCAAUAAGAGUGGUUAAGUGCGAAAAAAUUCAACAUGCGACAUCGCAAACGCAGACAAUCGUUACAAUGAGCAAGCUCAUAUCACAGACUGUGAUGCAAGAAAUUAUUAACUUCGUUUACACUGGCAUUAUGGACAACACGGCGUUCAAACAACAGUCCGCUGCUAUCGGAAUACUACUGGAAAUCCGCCAAGCGGCCGAGUUACUUGGUUUCCACGAACUGACGAAGCUCAGUCAGUUCAUAUUGGAUCAGCAUCUGCUCUUCGACAAGGGUUUCAUGCAUCAAUUCCAUACGCCACUGCCGCAAAGGAUGCGCGAUAUGUGCGUGGAACAGAACCUGUUCGCAGAUGUAACGUUCGACCUGGACGAUGGGAUACACUUGGCGCACAGGGCCAUGCUGAUGGCGCGGUGCGACCCCAUGAAGGCCAUGUUUCAAGGGCAUUUUAGGGAAAGCACUUCCCGAGUGAUUGCCUUUCCCGGUGUGAAAAUGUACGCUUUCCACAUCCUCCUGUGCUAUAUAUACUCGGACAAAGUGCCUACCGUGGAACCGACUCGGUGCUUAGAACUGCUAGAGCUGGCAAAUAGAUUGUGCAUGAACAGACUGGUCAACCUGGUCGAAGCCAGGGUUAUAGAUACGCUGCAGCAUCAGGACAGAGUCGGCGAGGACGAUCAGGUCGUCGAAAUAGCAUUAUCUUUGCUGGAACCUGUUAAGUUGCACAACGCCCAUAACCUGUCAGAGUGGUGUACGUGGCGUUUAUGCGGCGCUUACGACCGCGUGUGUCGCGCCAAGCACCUCAGCCCGGCCUCCCGAGAGUAUCUGGCUGACAACCGCUGGCCGCCAGUGUGGUACGUGAAAGAGUUUGACUACUACCAGAAGUGUGUCACGGAGCAGUCGAAGGAGACGAAGGAAAUCCGACCCACGACAUCGCUCCAAGCCAACCAACAGACUGGCUGUCUAUGUUUUGCUAGUAAAGGUCGGCGGGAAAGCGGCACGGUGGCGGACGCGACGACAGCGCUGUGCCGCACCGAGCCGCAGCAGCCGCCGCUCUGACAUCUGCCUUACUGGAGAUCGCUCCGGUUCGCGGUUCUCCUGCCAGUGUCGAUGUGCUUCAUGAGUACCAUCCUGACCAUCCUGGUCCUGUUCCACAUCUACACGUAAACUGUACAUACGAGUAGCAUAGCGUUUACCUGCACAAAGGCGGAUACAUACUGAGUUAGAAACUCGUGGAUUUUGGAGAUUUAAACUCUGGCUGCGCUAUUCCGGUACCAGGCUAUUUUUUUUUACAAGAAUAUUAGCUGUUAUAAGUAUAGGUUUUUACAGCUAUACUCACGUAUUUAGUCGAUGUAAGCCCGACUAGUUUCAUCUACUAAAUAGCUGUAACAAACUAUACUUAUAACGGAAAUCACUCACGAUAGUUUACACGUUAAAUUAGCUAUGUUAAUUAUGACUUAUCAACUUUUCCCCUUCAGUAAAGCUUGUGCUAGGAGUAGAGACGACGAUAGUGCAACUGGUGAUGAUUGAACCGUCGAGCUUUCGGAUUUCAGUCCGCUCUUUUAACCUUUGAGCUAUUGAGGCUUCUUUUAUUGAGGCUAUUAGGCACAGUAAUCAACCAUCACCAUAAUAGCUGCGAUUCGCACGUUGUGUCUUCUUUAAACAGCCCCUUAGUUCCAUUAGACUAUAUUUUGAGCUCUUCUGGAGAUCUUUAAGGAUUUCAAAGACCAUAUUGAUGAUGCGACAGUCGCAAACUUGCACAUUUUUUUAUUUCUUUAUUUACAAAAAAUGUUAAAAUAUUGGUGUAAUCCCAAACACAUUUGAAUUUUUUCGUACACCGCAAAAUUAUCUAAGUAGAAAUAUCUAACCGACUUAUGCCUAUUGCGUUGAAUCUCAAAUAUCGUAAUAAAGCAGACGCGCUUGUCACGUACGAUACUAAAAUUUCGACCUCGUUUUAAAAUUAGCAUUGAAAAUGAAACCGGAUUGGCGUAGCCCGGGCUUAAGAGUUUUGGUCUUUAUGACCAGAGCAUUGGUUGCCAAAAACUAGUGAAAUCAAUUCCUGGCAACUGGGUGUUGCUGUUUAUUAUGUAUUAAUUAAUAUAGUUACAUAAGAGUAUGUAUUUUAUUUAAAAGGUACGGAUGAUUGUAUGGAAAUUAAGCAUUUCUGAAAAAUGUUGUUUUAUCUUAUGUUGAGCCAAUGUUUAUAUUCAAGCGAAUAUGUUCGUAGUUUAGUAAUAACUAUAUAUGUCCUGCUUUGUUUUGCUACAAAAAAAGAUUGUUUUUCGAACUCUGCACCAAAAGCUAUGCUUUCUGUGGCAUGAUAUAUUUUACAAUCGUUCACACAGGCUGCGUAAGCGUAGAUGUAGCGCGUACCAUUGCGUUGUAAUGUAUGGA